GGGAGCGGAGCGCCCGGUGCAGCUGGCGGGGGGCGCCGGCCGCCCGCCAUAAAGUGAAUGGCCAGGGUGAAUGGGAGGCAGUCGGCCGGCGUCCUCCGUCUCCGCCCUCCCCGUGAGCCGCGGGCCGGCAGCGAGGCGCAGAGCGGCCCCGGGAGCCGGGGGGAUUUACUGUCCGACAGCGGCAGAGCAGCGGGGCGGGGGCCCCUCUCGCAGGAUUAAGGCCGCCCAGUCGAGCCCGCAUCUGGAGCCGCUAUUCUUCUUCCUCCGCCAUCCAUCUCUGCCUCAUGGAUUUCAACCUGCUGGCAGAUGCAGAGGCUCGCAGCCCAGCCUUGUCUCUCUCGGACUCUGGGACCCCUCAACACGACCACAGCUGCAAAGGGCAGGACCACAGUGACACCGAGAAGUCCCAACAAAACCAGACAGAUGACUCCAACCCCGAGGACGGCUCACUCAAGAAGAAGCAGCGGAGGCAGAGGACGCACUUUACCAGCCAGCAGCUCCAGGAGCUGGAAGCCACUUUCCAGAGAAACCGUUACCCAGACAUGAGCACCAGGGAGGAGAUUGCAGUCUGGACCAACCUGACAGAGGCGCGAGUCCGGGUCUGGUUUAAAAACCGCAGAGCUAAGUGGAGGAAACGGGAAAGGAACCAACAAGCCGAACUGUGCAAGAACAGCUUUGGAGCCCAGUUCAAUGGACUGAUGCAGCCUUAUGAUGACAUGUAUUCCAGCUAUUCCUACAACAACUGGGCCACCAAGGGGCUCGCCACCAGCCCACUCUCGGCCAAGAGCUUCCCGUUCUUCAAUUCCAUGAAUGUCAGCCCCCUCUCCUCCCAGCCCAUGUUCUCCCCACCCAGCUCCAUAGCCUCGAUGACUAUGCCUUCAUCCAUGGUCCCUUCAGCGGUGACCGGAGUACCGGCCUCCAGCCUCAACAACUUGGGAAACAUCAACAACCUGAACAGUCCAAGCCUCAACUCUGCUGUCUCAUCCAGUACCUGUCCUUAUGCCUCAACAGCCAGCCCCUACAUGUACAGGGACACAUGCAACUCCAGCCUGGCCAGCCUGCGGCUGAAGGCUAAGCAGCAUGCUAACUUCACCUACCCGGCAGUGCAGACGGCAGCUUCCAAUCUGAGCCCUUGCCAAUAUGCCGUGGACAGGCCCGUAUGAAAGGCUGCCCUCCGCCAACCAGGGACUUGACCUUAGCCUGACAAAAGGAGACCUUUAGCCCUACAACAGUGUAGAUCGUGCAGAGAAUGAGAGUGAAUGCAAGAGACAGAAAGAGAGCACAAGAGAGCGGGAGCGAGCAGGCAGAUGGACCUCUAUGAAGAUUUGUCUAACUAUUGUAUGGUGAAUUUUGACUGUCUUUCCCCUCCCAAGUCCCUUCCCCUCUUGCCCACCAAACCUCCUCCUUCAUGGUGAAAAACCAAAACAGUCUACUGGAAGCCCCGUGGGGAAAUAGGAGCCCCAAUGCGUGGCGUGCCUGACCCACAGGCAGCAUAACCAAGCGUGUUUCAAUCUGCCCCUCUGAGCACCCCCCAAGGGUGAGAAUUCCCCAAAUCCCCUGGACAGCACAGGCAGCUGGACGCCACCUCUGCAGGGAAUAGCCAGGGACAGGGCAACAUGAGGCCGCUGUUUGGUGCUUGGCUGAGCCCUUCUCCCUGCAGGUGUGCGAGAUUUAAGUUAAAGAUGUCUCACCCACUUAUUUAUCACACAGCCUUGUCUCAGUUGAUCAGCAUCUCUCUUUAUAAUGCAUAUAUAUGCAUGGCCCUUCAGACUUGAAGCCUUUAGGAACUGGGAGUCAUAAGGAUAUAAAAUAUAUGUGGGUAUAUAUAUCUUAUGUAUAUACAAACACAUAUAGUCAUUAAAGUACGCUUUUUUGUUUUGUACAUGAGAUAGCCUACAAAGUAGACCUUAAAACCAAAAACCCUGUAAAGCAAGCUCAUCCACUGAGACGGUGUCCUGCCCGUCAUGCUUUACUGCUUCAGUCUUUUCCAGUCAGACAGGGACACCUUUGCUAGUGUACAUCCAAAGCGUCCCCUUUUGCAACAAUCAGCUCCCCUUCACACAUCUUCCC